CCCAGGCUGCAUCCCAGCACAUCUCUGCACACUCUGCUCGGCAGCUCUCUCCUCUGACACAGGAAAACAAGGGGAAAACAUCAACAGCAACGGGAAGGACAGCAGCAGCAGCACAUUAAGAGUUAAAAACUGGCUAUGAAGGGACGACAAAAAAACACAGAAACCCACAAUGAGGACACAACUGAGGACAUGACAGCAGCUAUUAAAAGCCCGGACCCACAGCCUGAUCUCCAACCACCGGAUUCAUUGUCUCCAUCAUCAUCAUCUUCUCCCCCUUUUCCUCCGUUAGCCAUGCCACCUUCUGGAUCUGCCUCAGCUCUCCUGGCUCUGGCAUCUCCAGCCACGAGGCGCUCUAUUUCUAUGGGAGACUUCCGGAGGGUGACAGGGGCUCUGCUAGCAGGCUCAGAACCCCCUUCCACCUCUGCCACAGCCCCCUCCUCCAAACUUGUCACCCCCAGCUCCAGCAUGGAGUUUGAGGCAGCUCGGCGGCGCCUCCUGGAGGUGGAGGAGCGUCAGCGUGUCAUCAGAGAGAUGGAAAAGCGUCUGGAAGAGCUUAGGGAGGUGUUUGUGCGCUCAGAGCAGGAGGUGGUGCUUCAUGGGGAACUGGUGUCGCGGAUAUCAAGUGGAGCCCAGCAGGGGGAGCUGUACGUGGCGGAGAACAGCCAAAGGCUCAAGAAAGGCCUGAAGUUCAAGAAACAUCGACCUACCAUUGUCUUUUCCUCCAUGCUUGGACUUCGCACAUGCCUCCCCUGGCCUAUGAAGCUCAAAUAAGACUAUAUAUGCUUGCAUUUCAUCCAUCACUUUAGGAAUGUGCUUUAAAUAACUGGGAAGAUAGACUUCCAUUCUUUAUCUAUCCCUCAUUGACACGGCUGCUCUCUAGUUUCCACCUUUUCUUCUCUUGUUUCUCGAGGCUGGUCCUCGGGGGACUUUAGAGUGCCUACAAUAAUCACAGAUGCUAGUAAGGAGCUUUCCUUUCAGUGCAUUUCUGAGGAAAUUAUCUGGCUUGGAAACCAGUCAAACCAGUACCAGUGCAAUGUGUACAGAAUGUCAUUAAUUCUUCAUUACUGUCACACAUAUUUUGCUGCUUGCUUGCAGUUUAAUGUGGUGUUGGAGUUACACAGGAGAGAUUCAGACAGAAUCUAUGGUGCAUGGAUGAGUCAUAUUUCAGGUGAUGUGCAAGGAGAGGCUCAGAUUGGCCUUGCGGGGUAUCGAGAGCUUCCCUGCACAUGGCUUACAGCUAUGAGAAUUAUGUAAUAUUAACUCUUUCACAAAAUGGAAAGGAAACAACCAGGUGAAUUGGCAAAUACAAAAAUAGAUUUAAAAAAAAAAUAAAGAGAUAAUGAAAGCAGUGAACAAUCUGCUUCUUCGGCUCCAUUGCGAGAGAUGUGAAGGGCAGUGAAAGAGAGAGGAAGGUAAAGAUUGCUGCAGCGUUAUGUAAAACCAAGGAUGCAGGAACAGGAAAUGUAAGUGUCAGAAAAAUAGAAAUGGAAUAAAUUUUAGAACUUAGAUGGCUUAUAUCUACAAAGAAAAUGUGCCUUGGCUUCUCUGAGACUCAUCCACUACCACAGCAUCUGCUUCUGGCGGCAUAAACACGGAAGACAGCAGGAAAGAAAUUCGGGCUGGAAGAGUUCCACCUGUGGCCUCUUUUUAUCCAGUCACCUAGCAACCAGUCAUCUCUCUAUCCUAAAUCCUCUUGCGCAAACAUACAGAAUGUAUCCAGCAGAGAGCUGUAACUACAACACUAUGAUUUAGCUGUGGCGAUCCCCUGAAGGAUUUAGGAGCUAAUAUUUCUACGUACUUAUUUAAAAAUCUACUAGAACUGGCUGCGUGGGAAGACUUACUAUUGAUAGAAGCUUGUUGUUCAUGCUGUUUAUUUGAUGAUUUGGGGCUACAUCCAAUGCAUGCAUCAGCUAGAAAACUAGAGCAUCACCAUUUGCUGACUCUGUCUUGGUGCUGUAUGUCACCAUAAGCGCUGCAACGUUCCCCCUCUAAUUGCACUCUAAGUUAGAUAAUAAGUUCAGAUUCAGGGUUAGUUUGUGAGAUGUGUGAGAACAUUCAGAAUAUUUUUUGCUAUACUAAAAGGUUAGCCUGUAAUUAUGCUCUAAUCUGCAAAGUCUUUGUCCCAUAUGCAGAAGGUGGCCUAAUUUUUUUUAAAUAUAUAGAUUGCUCUCAUUGUUUUGCCCCAGUUCUUCAUUUCAUUCCUCCCAUUUCUAUUGUCUCCAGAUUAAACAAUGACUAAGUAGCUCUUGUAUUCAUCUGCUUCAGCAGGGAUAUCUAUUUGUGGCAUUUGAAGGUUAUAGCAGAGAGGCAAGGACUCAAUCUCAGUGCAGCAUUUGUUGGAAAAAGCAGAGUUGUGAGUUUGCGGUGGUAUCCAGCUGUGUGUGUUACUUCCCGAAAGAAUCAAAAAAGCGUUUUCUGCAAAAGCACAAUCCCUGAUGGUGCUUUGUUUGCUCUCCUAUUACAAACGACCUCACCGAAGAACAAAGGAGCAGGGCUGCUUACAAAGGAGGCACAUGAUGUGACCGUAAUUGCUUUUUGUAGGUUUCCAUAAACUCCUGUGCACUUAGGCUGUAAAUGUUUCAGAGGUGAUGCAGAGAAUCUCUGUGAAAUAAGGAAUUUCAGAAGACAACACCGGUAAAUUGCUCAGAUUCAGAAUGAACUGCCUGUAUCAAAGACCAUGCAAUUAAUGUAAAAAAAAAACAACAAAAAAAACAAAAACACAACAAAAACAUGAUGCAUGUUAAAGUAGACGUGAAGGCUAAAGCGUGAGUUUAAAUUUGACGGGUUGAAGCAAAUGAAAUCGUCUGAGGUAUUUUCUAACUUUGAUUUCAAGGGCUUAAAUAGUUUGCCUAAGUUUCUUGUCAGCACAGUAAAGGGGGUACUCUACAAAUUUUACACAUGAAGUCCAGUUAGCUUGUAAAGGGGAAAACCACUUGGACUGUGAAAGAUGAUGCAAAAUGUCCUUUGUGGCUCAGGAGGGGCUAUUCAAAAACCUGAGGUCAAGGCUUCUGCAUUUAGGAGACAAAAAGGUCUUCAUGUGUUGAGAAGGUUUCUCAGCUUUGUUCUCAAACCAAACAGAAUCACUGGAGUACCCCUUCCAGCAAAGGAAACAGCAACUUCAGUGUCACUGUUGAGCAACCAAUAGAUAGGAUAAUCUUAUCACUGAAUAUUGAUUAACUGUGUAUAAGCAUUCCACAUGGCCAAGGUAUCUAUUUACUGCUUGCUUGUGCACAUCUAUACCAAACAACAUUCAGCUAAGCUAGUUGAUAGCAAAAUGUUUUGCAGCAUAAAAUGGUCUCAUAGGCCUUAAAUAUGUAUUCAUGGUCCUAUGUAUAUAACUAGUUAUAACCUAUCAUCCAGCUGGCCUAUACUGUAGAUUGCUUUCAAUAUGCCUUAUGCAGUAGGUGUGCAUUGGCAGUUCCUAUAACGAGGGUGACGAUAUAUGAUCUGGUUAACUCAUAGACCGCAUCCAGAAGCAUCUUUAUCUGAACAGCAAAAAAAAAAAAAAAAAAAAAAAAAAAAAACACUAGUCAUGCACUGCUGUGGGACUGCACCGUUUCUGUUUUCUAUGAAUGAAAAAAAAAACUGUUUCCCAAAGAUCUCUGGGCCCACUUGCGGAAUGAAUGUAAUGUUUAUUGCUAUGAUUUUUUUGUUUUUGUUUCUGUUGUUCUUUUUUUUUUUUUUUUUUUUUCCAAAAAGCUGAUCAUAUAGUGUAAUCACAUAUAUCUUGUUUGGACCUGUGAUUGGCAAUAAAUGCUCUUGUGUUUAUUCCAUACUGCUGGAAUUGCAUUUAAGGUGAUAAACUUUUGAUACAAACUCUUUUUGAAGAAGUGGAAACUCUCACAGCCCUUUACUGACACAAACGCCGGCCGACCACAGAUCCAAAACCACCUUUCUGAUUGCUAUUUAUCCUUAGAGCAUUUUAAUAUUUUGUGUUUGUUAUUGUGUGAUGCUAUGUAUGAUAUAUAUAUUUAUGUUUUGAGCAUUUCAUUUUCAGUGAAUCAGGUGUUGAAUAUUUACAGUAUAAUAUUUUUGCUGAUUGAGAGCUGUAUAUUCUACUUUAGUAUGAAUGUUAAAUCAGAUUUUACACAAUGUUAUAUGCUUAACUGUAACUGCAGGGUUGUUGUUUUCAGAGUUAAAAUGAAGCUGAAAUGGAAGUUAAUUAUGAUGUAACUGGUGUGCUUUUGAAAAACAGGCUUUUGGUUUCUGCUGCAAAGUGAAAUAUUGAAUGUUCUGCCCUGUUUUUUUGCUUGAAUUUGCUACUUAUUUUUUUUUCUUUCUUGACACUGUUACAUACUUGAGCACAUUGUGCAAGACUAGUAUGAUUUUGUGUUUUUUUUGUAAC